AUGGCACAACGAUUCGACGAGAAGAGCUUCUUCGACCAGGAGGCGUUCUCAGAUGUUACAAUCAAGUUUGGCGCACGGGAGCGGAGAUGCCAUCGCAUGAUCCUGUGCAGCAAGUCGAAAUACUUUGCAGAGAUGUGUGGGCCCAACAAGACCUUCGCAGAAGCGCAGCAGUCUGUUAUUGAGCUCAAGGACGACGUGAACGAGGAUGCAGUCGAAGCGAUGCUCCGGUGGCUGUACACCUUUGACUACCAAACCCGCCAGAAGCCUUUGAAGGCGGAGCCGACUGCCGAAUUCCAUCUGGAUGUGUGCGUGGUCGCCGACAAGUACCUUCUCACAUGCCUCAGCGCCGAAGCUCUGUCCCGCUUACGUGUCAAGCUCGAAGUCCUUGCUGAGGCGCAGCUUACCGCGUUCAUCGAACAGGUGUACUUCUCGGGUGUCGUUUACCCGGCAAACGUUGUUGCAGUCGUGGAUGCUGUCAGAGACAUCCGCUUGCGUGCCUUGUUGAAGCACGAAGCGUUCCGCAGCCUCAUGCGCGGCGAUACUGACCUGAGCAUGUCGGUCGUAGACAGGCUCGUGCUCGAUGGGGAGGGGAAAGAGAUGAAAGCCAUGUACGUCGGCAAGUGCAGCAAGUGUCCUCGCCUCCAGUUUGGCGAAGGCACAGGCAUUUGGGUCUGCCCAGCUCGCGGCUGCCCAGGAACGGUGACCAAGCUGAAGGUUUGGCAAGAGCGAGAGGUCACGGACUGCCUAGCCAAUGGAUCGCCCGCCAGCCCUCAAGUUGCCGGUGCUACAGGUGUAUGA